GUAACAAGAUGUCAGCGCCCAUAAGGAAAUAAAACAAAAUAAUAACUAUGGAGAGAAUUUUAGUUUUCGCCUUUCUUGUAUCUCUAAAAUCCACAUUAUGCAACACAUGUGGCGUUUUGACGCAUAUUGAAAUAAGCCACAGGGCUCAGCAAUAUUUUCAGGAUUCUGCAGACAGCAAUACUAACUAUGGAGAAAUGAUUCGUAAUCACCAGGAUGCCCUGAUGGCAGGGAGCCCUUACCCAGAUGCAUAUUAUGAUGUAAUCUGUGCCAAUGGUAUGUACCAUGAUGUAUCGGAGGACACCCACUGGGCCCCUUUCUUGAAUGCUACGGCCAACUACAUCACAAGCCGAUAUCCAAAGCCUUGGGACGAUGCCACACAGAAACUCGUUGUUUUCAUGUUCGGUGUUGUCUCCCACCAGGUGGCAGACAUUCUCUGGCACAGUCUUGGAAUUGACCGUGGCUUUAUACAGGCCAUGGCAAAUAUCAAUUUUCAUUCACACUUCAGCGAUGCACAUACAGUGGCUGAUUUUGGUGGGGACAUUAUGACGGCCUAUGAGAUGGACACAUCCUAUAUUCCCCUUGAGGAAGGAUGGUAUAUUCCUGUAGACGAUCUGUUUCAAAUAUACAUAAACUAUUAUAACGGUAACUACACGAAAAUGCCACGGGCCAUAAUUCAGGAGUGUGCCCAGACACUGUUCUUAGCAAGAUUGGCGGAAAACUUAGCAGCCAAAGAGCUGUUUCCUGACUACGCAGACCAGAGCCCAUUCCUGGUCGACCAGUUUGAGGAUUACUUCGAGGGUGGGGUGGGUGACAUGGCCGUCUGGACGGACCGCAUCUGGCACGAGGCAGUCAUCAUGUUUGACCAAGGAACACAGAAGUGUGACAUCCCACACAGCACCCUGUUUCUACACUGUAACACAAGUGAGCCACGGUUGCCUGGUUACCGGCCGCCUGGAAAGAAUGGCUACUUCAAGCGGCCCAAUAGAAACGGUGUCUCCAAGGAUGAUGUUGUUGUACAGUCAGAGCUGAGGGGCAUCAGAAUCAAACCUUCAAUGGCAUACUUGGAGAAGCUGAAAAAGCACCGACUAGCAAAGGUUGAAAAGGCUAAAAAGGUGAGGAACUUCCUGCAGGAGGCUGGGCCAGUCAAUGCUGAGCCCCGAGUACCAGACAGUAUUUUCUAUGUCAGCAACGACUACGCCAGGCUAGGAGAGGCAUAUGCAACAGGUGACCUAAACUCAGAUGGCCAUACAGACCUGGUGAUAUCGGCCCCUGGCUACAGCAACCCGGGCAACCCCCAGGACGGCCGUGUGUACAUCAUCUAUGGGGAUGAGAGUGGAAUUCCAAGAGCGACAAACCCAAACCUUGAUGAUCUGGCCCAGUCUAACCAGGGGCAGAUACUAAAUGGCUUCAUUGCAGCACGGUUUGGUACAUCAGUUGCUGUGUUGGAUGUGAACAUGGAUGGAGUUAUGGACCUUGCUGUGGGGGCACCAGCCUUUGUCAACCCUGGGGACAACCCACUGCUGUAUAAUGGUUUGGUGCUGAUAUACUUUGGAGAUGCAGCCAAACACAGGGUGUUUGAUGGAGCUGCCAAUAUCACCUUAGCCUGUACCAAGUAUGAGCACUGUAACCUGGGUUUCUCAUUGACGGUGGGAGAUGUGAACGCAGAUGGGAACCCAGAUCUUGUUGUGGGUGCUCCAAUUGCACCCAGCGGUGGGGAGCAGCGGGGCAUGGUGGUUGCCCUCCUCUCCAGUAAGGAUAACACAGGUUACCAGUACAUUGAAGUUGAUGAUCUCAAAUGGACAGUAGCGGGAGAUCAGGAUAGUGGAUGGUUUGGUUAUGAUAUAAACAUGAGGAUGUGGAACGGCAAGCCGACACUGAUGGUCGGCCAGCCUGAAUUCAGACAGUGUGACCAGAAAUACAACCCAAACUGUACAAAGUAUGAAGACUCUGAUGACCAGUCAUCAGGUCGGUUGACAAUAUUCUACGGUCCGACCUUGCAGGCAAAGUUUCUUGUGGAGGGCCAACGAUUGGUCAGUGAGUUUCAGGAGAUGGGCUGGAGUUCGGAUAUCGGAUCACCUUAUAUAGACCCGAGCACUCAGGUGAUAGCAGUGACAAGUCUGGGGGCGAAGGUUGAUGGGCGUAUACUUACAGAGGAAGUUGACUUUGAGCAAGCAGGGAAGGUUCUCCUUUACAACACAACAAAUGGAUUCCUCCCCACUCAACUGAACAUCACUCUCAUGGGCGACCGUAGAUAUGGAAGGUUUGGAGCUAAAGUCAGGUUCCUUGAUGUGACUGGGGAUGGCAUGGAUGAUUUGGUUGUGGGUGCACCACUCCGCUCUGAGGACAUCACCGAGGAGUUCUAUGGACCCGACCAAGGAGUGGUGUACAUAUACAAUGGGGGCGGAGAUUUCCCCUACGACUCCACCCUGGAGGACUGCACGGGUCAGCUGGUCAAGCCCUGUCCAGCCUUACAGGCCUCCACUGUUCUGACCUGGAAUGACAAGCAGCCCAAAACCAGAUUUGGCUCCAACUUUGCCUACCUGAAAGCACAGAGCUCUCGCCAGUUGUUUGUGACAGCCCAACAUUCCAGCCAGUUUGCGCGACUUGCAGGAGCAGUCGGAGUAUUCAACUUUAUGUAGAGGGCACAUAAAGUUACAGAGAAUGUCUCAUCAGGGAAAACAUUCCAGUUAUAACACAAUAACAAACACCAUGAAAGAUUGUACAUUGAUUAAUAAUGUAUGCUUCAAUUUAACUUUUAAUUAGUAAUGCAGAUUUGAAGAAUUGUUUCAGCUGUUUUAUACGUUCUGUAGUUACAACAAUCUUUCAAAAAAUUGUGGGAGCUUAUCUCCAAGUUGGCAUAAACUUGCAUAUAUCAAUGAAUUUAGUCAUAAUAUGAACUUGUGCUAUUUGUAUCAUUUUGUCAAAUUUAUUCCUACUUAAUAACUGAAUAGUGUGUAUGUCGCAUAACAUCACUUUCACUUCAAAUACAUGUUAUUAAUACUAUGAACGCAAAUACAUUUACAUAUAUUUCACAUAAAGAUUUCAGCCUAAUUUCAGGAGAGCACAAUUCAGUGAAUAAAUGUAUGUGUUUUUAUUUAAAAACUACAAAAUCCACAUAACACAUGGUUAUUGGCAUUAUUAAUAGAUUAUGAAUGAAUUAUUUUGACAUUUUUUUUAAAUAUAAAGCAACUACCCCGGUACCCUUUGUCAUUGUUUAAUACUACUUUAUGUUCAGAUUAUCACAUGGUAUUUUCUUUCCCUUUGAAGAUUACAGCCUGUUUUACAUCUAUUAGAUGUCCUAUUGCUGUAUUAUUUAUAUUUUGUUUGACCAGUUUAUCUGGUUGUUUUGUGCAAUAUUGAUCAAACAUGAGGCAUUGUACAUAUUAUUGAACACUCAACCACAAGAGUCUGUGAUAAUUCUUUGUUGUAUGCUUGUUAAUAGUUGAUUCGUUAAACUCACAUUAACAAAAUUAAUUGUUACACAACAUUGAAUAUUUAUCAAAUUUACGACUAUUAUGUUUUGUUUAAUUGCUCUAUUUGUCCAAUCAAUUUAUAUACAUUAAUUUCAGAAAUAUUCAUGACAUUUUCAUCUAGAAAGCCUUUUUCAACUUAAAUUUAUUGUUUGCAUUGAUUAUUUCACAAAUAAAAAUCAUUUUUCUA